AUGACUACCCUCAUACGGACGCGGAUGCCCCUAGAGACGCUGAGCAUGAGCCAUCAACAACCAGUUGGGAGACGGCGAAGCAAGCGGCUGGCUGCAUACGAUGAAGAAGAUGGGGACUUUGUAUUUACGCGUGGAUCCAAACGAACGAAGACUGCGGAAUCGCCUCCGGAGUCUGUGGCCUCACCUAUUCUACCCGCAACUACCAAGAGAGGCAGGAAAUCGAAAGACCGCUCCGAUGAGGUGGAUUCGGCAGAAAAGAUGUCUCAGGGCCGGAAGAUGAAUCUUCCCAUCCCGAAACAGGAUACGGAGAUGAUUGUUAUACCGAAGAAAAGGAAAACUGCGCGUACCUCAACCGGAAAGGCACAGAAUGGGACGACAAGUAUAAAUCCUUUAAUGAUGGACACUAUGGAUUAUGAUAGCGUAGACAUGGUUGGGUUGGCAACAGUAAAUCGAACGCCAAUUUCGGGUACGGAGGAGAGUUCACAAUCUCGGAUGAUAACGCUACCUUUCAGCGAUACUCCGAUGAUCGAUCGCAAUAAAGAGAUAAGGAAAAAAGGGGCUGGCACCCGAAGGAGUAGUUUGGGGCUUCGGGGCCGAAGAGCGAGCUCUCUAAUAGAUAAUGGGCAUAGUGCGAUUCCACAUCGUGAGGUGGAGGCGUCCGAAUUCUACAAGCAUAUCGAGGCAGACGGAUUGAGCGAACCCAGGAGGAUGAAGCAGCUAUUGACCUGGACGGGUGAGAGAGAAUUAGGGGAGAAACCCUCACAUGGCGAGGCGAACGACUUGUCCGAGCAAGCGGCUCGAACAAUCAAGGAGGGUCUGUUGAGGGACUUUACGAAUAGACCGGAAUACUCGGACUGGUUUACCCGAGAAGAAAGCGCUCCGCGCAAAGUUAUCAAAAAACCGAACCCGCGGAAUAUCGAGCUCGAAGAAAAUAUUGCCGCAUCAGAAGCGCGGAUAAAAAUACUACAGAAAGAACGCGAUCAAUGGAAAGCCCUCGCAAAAUGGCCACCCCCCCUCCCUCCAGUAUUCCCCAAAGGAUCUACAGAACUCACGCCCUCACAAAUCGACGCGUCCUUGCUCUCCUCCGAGCAAUCCUCCAUUCUUGCAACCUUAGCCGCCGCCCCGGGUCUUGAUCUACGAAACCAAGUAUCGAAACAAACCCAGGGCCUCCUUUCUGGGUUAGAAUUCAAAGUCGAUAAAUUCGCCGAUGGGAUCCACAAGCUAGAACAAUAUCAACAAACCGCUGGGAGAGCGGCGAAUAAAAUCCUCUUACUCAGCGCCGUGAGGCUAGAAGAACGAGACCGACGAGAAAAGGAAUCCGUUGGUACUAGAGACUUGCCUAUGCAAGAAGUGUUGAGGAGUUUGAGCCGAAUAUUACCUGAGGGUAGUAGCAGCGGACGAUAA